UUUAAACCCAUUAUAUUUUUGUUAUCCUCUGCAUAUAAUUUUUUUUUUUAAAUUUUAAUUUAUUUUAAAUAUUCUCUCAAAUUUUUUAUCAUGUUGCUUGGUUAUUAGCAACCAGCUCAGUGUCAAUCCCACUUUCUAUAGUUGUAGAUCUUCGUUCCCAUAUUUUUGAAUCUAUAAUUGUGGUUGAAAAAAAUCAGAUUUUUGUAUUGUUGAUACGAAUUGUUGUUUUCCUGAUAAUGGGUUUCAUCUCAGAGGGAUUCUCUUUCUCUGUUUGCCACCAGGUGAAAUCUGAAGAAAGAAAAUGCAGUCUCUGAAUCGUUUUCGUUGUCUCUCCCCUGCGUCCCCUUGUUUCAGAUGGCUGGUAUCGCGUGGUUCUUGCAGAAAAUUGUUCAUUGGAGAUGCAGGUCUUUCUUAUGAUACCAAUGAAACCAUUCUAAAAGAUGCUUUUGGACAGUACGGUGAAAUAAUUGAAGUUAAGGUUAUAUGUGAUCAUGUGAGUGGGAAAUCAAAAGGCUAUGGGUUUGUGCAGUUCACUUCUGACGAUGACGCCCACAUAGCUUUGAAAGAGAUGGAUGGUCAGUCACUGGAUGGUAGAAAUAUUCGGGUGACUUAUGCACACAAAGGGUGAAUGGUUGACUACCAAGGGCUGAUGUCAGCUUCAGUAAAUAAAAUAUUUGAGGGGGACCAAGCAGAAACAAGCUAGAAAACAGGAUCCAGGAUCAAGUGUUUUGAGUUGUAUCCUUCACUUCAAGUUGAACUGCUGGUAAAGAAGAUGGUUUUUCGGUGUGUCGAAUCAUGUGAAAAUCUCGUGUACCAUUCUGUGAUGCACUGGUGACUUAUUUGUCAACUUUUUCACUAUCGCAGUCAAUUACAUCGUACCAAGUACUACAUAAUUCACCAAAAUAUUUUGUAGUUGUUGUAAGGGAUGAAGGGUUAAGAAUCUAUAAUUACAUUGUUGGAGAAACCCUAGACCUUGUGGAUGAUUUUUAAACAAUGUGUCUUACAACUAGUAUGGAUAUGCUCUCAAUUUACUUUGUCAACCUUUUUAAGGAGGUGUUGGCAAAGGAAGAAUUAUUCAAUGUGUUUCUCAAUAUGUUUUUUUUUA